UUACCUCCGCACAGAACAUCAGAAGAGCAGAAAAGCAAAACAUCCAUUAUUUUUUCCUGAAACAGUUCUCGAUUAGUUUUAUUGUGCAAAAAAGCUACAAAAGUGUACUCGAUUAGCAUAAAUCGGAAGCUUAGAAGUUGUACUGGUAAAUGCUGGGGACGUUUGGAGCGAGGCGCAAGAGAUUGCAGUGAAAAUCGUCGGGGGAAAUCACUUUGUGCAUAAACUCAAACUGCAGCGAAAGGGAAGACGGCGAGAUGAGCUUCUCGAGUGAUGAAGUGAAUUUUCUUGUUUACCGCUACCUCCAGGAGUCAGGUUUUUCACAUUCGGCGUAUACAUUCGGGAUUGAAUCGCACAUUUCUCAGAGUAACAUCAAUGGAGCGCUUGUUCCACCCGCUGCUCUCCUCAGUAUUUUGCAGAAAGGCCUCCAGUAUACGGAAGCCGAGAUAAGCAUCGGUGAAGAUGGGACUGAGCAGCGUUUGGUCGAGAGUUUGAGUUUGAUCGAUGCCGUAAUGCCGGAAGUGGUUGCAAUUCGACAAAACUUGCAAAACCAACAGAAACAAACAAUUAAAACCGAAACGACUGAAACAAAUGGUACCACAAGUACCAGCACUACGGAAGAAACUUCGGUGGCCCAAACGACCACGUCCACAACAACGACGACCACUUCCGCAUCUACACCGGCUCCGGCUGACAGCAUGGAAGUGGAUCAGAGCAUUGAGAUUCCUGCAUCGAAAGCUACCGUUCUCAGGGGACAUGAAAGUGAGGUGUUCAUAUGUGCUUGGAAUCCAAGCACGGAUCUGCUGGCCAGUGGCUCUGGAGAUAGCACUGCGCGAAUUUGGGACAUGUCAGACAACUCCACAAACCCCAAUCAGUUGGUCCUGAGACACUGCAUUCAAAAAGGUGGAACGGAAGUGCCAAGCAACAAAGAUGUCACUUCCCUCGAUUGGAAUUGCGAUGGAACUUUGCUGGCCACCGGAUCGUACGAUGGCUAUGCCCGCAUCUGGCGCACGGAUGGAUUGUUGGCGAGCACCCUGGGACAGCACAAGGGUCCGAUUUUCGCUCUCAAGUGGAACAAACGAGGAAACUAUAUCCUAUCGGCCGGUGUCGAUAAAACUACCAUCAUCUGGGAUGCGGCUACCGGCCAAUGCACGCAGCAGUUCAGUUUCCACUCGGCUCCCGCGCUGGAUGUCGACUGGCAGUCGAAUCAAUCGUUUGCGAGCUGCAGCACGGAUCAAUGCAUUCACGUGUGUAAAUUGGGUGUUGACAAGCCGAUCAAAUCAUUCCAAGGACACACGAACGAAGUGAAUGCCAUCAAAUGGGAUCCUCAAGGACAGCUGCUGGCAUCGUGUUCGGACGAUAUGACCUUGAAGAUUUGGUCCAUGAAGCAGGACACUUGCGUUCACGAUCUACAGGCUCACUCGAAGGAAAUCUACACCAUCAAAUGGUCCCCUACCGGAACCGGUACCAACAACCCUAACAUGAAUCUAAUACUAGCCAGCGCUUCGUUUGACUCUACCGUUCGUCUGUGGGAUGUGGAACGAGGCCAAUGCAUCCACACGCUGACGAAGCACACCGAACCGGUUUACUCGGUGGCAUUUAGUCCGGACGGUAAGUUCCUCGCGUCCGGCAGUUUCGAUAAAUGUGUUCACAUCUGGAGCACGCAGAGCGGUCAACUGGUACAUAGCUAUAAAGGUACCGGCGGUAUAUUCGAGGUAUGCUGGAACUCACGGGGCAGCAAGGUCGGCGCCAGUGCCAGUGACGGAAGUGUGUUCGUUUUGGAUCUCCGGAAGUUAUGAGCGGGACCGACAACCGCUGCUGAGAAGAAAGCCAACUCCAGUAAUUCUUGAAUUACUCCCAAGUAACGUUGUCAAGCAGCGGACAAGGAAAAAAAAAAGAAUAAUCAACUCGCUGACAGGCUUCAACAAUUAUAAAAUUCGGUUUGAAACACAUUGAUUAAGGGCAUAAGUUCUAAGAAAAAUUUGUAGUGAGACGUUGUGAAAGUAUUGUCUGUUUUUAUCUCAGACUAGAUAUUGCGCGCUAGGAAUAGAGUGCAGCAUUUUAAGAAUAGAUUAUGGCAUGAAAGUUUAGAUCCCGCUGUGUAGUUCUUUGGCAUAAGCUACCCACUAAAAACGAAAAACUGCAUAAAAACUAUAUUCUCAACAACAAUUCCUGGCUUCCAAAAUCCAGUUUAAAAUCUCAAAAUUUAACCACGUUGUCCAAAUUAAGAACAAAAAUUACAUAUUCGUCAAUCAAAAAUAUAAACCGCAUGCAACGUAUUCAAGAAAGUGUAAGCUGUUCAAAUAUGUGAAAAUAUCAGCAGUUUUUUCAUCGAUGGUCGCCGAGUAGUGUUUAACGCAAUACAUUCUGAAGAUAUAGGCAUAAUAAACAUAACAUUAUUUUAGACACAC